GGAAGACAAUGAUUGUGGCAGACUAUGGAAAAUGAGGUAUGGCGGCAAAAGUCAAAACCCCUCAUCAUCCAGGAGUAGUAGCUGACUGUUUUCGUUUAGACCUCAGAGUUACAAAUGGCAACUUUGGAAAGAGGGCAUUGUAGUCAUUUAGAAGAAGAGACAACCGGGGAGUGAAAACAAAUCAACCGGUGAGCAACUACCUUCAUUGAAACUGUCAGCAAAAGACUACCAGUACACUGGACUGCAGUUACUCGCACCACAUUGCCUAAAAGCACCAAAGGAAGAAACCAGAUGAGGAAGUUUCCUGCCACUUUUUUACUACCUUCAGCAGCUUCAUCUCUAGUUUUCGGUUAGGUUAUGAUGGUUCAGCCAUGGCUUUUGCCAUGUGCUAUAUUCUUCUUCUUGUUUUCCUCCUCCUAUGUUGUUGCUCUAUCUUCCAGGCAUCAACUUUUUCCCCACUUCACCAAAGUUCAGUUUAUAUCUGAAUCUUCACCUCCUCCCACCUCUAUGGUUCAAAGCCUGGCAAUGCCACCGGCUCUACCAUCAUCGUCAUCAUCUUCAAAAGGGAAAGUUGUGAAGAUCAUUGUUGCCACGGCUGCAACUACUCUAUUUAUUGCCUUGGUUGUCUUCUUCUUUCUCAAAAAGUUUACAAGAUGCUGCCGGAAAGGUAAGUACGAGUCAAGCUUUCGUCGAGAAGCCGUGGUGAUUCCUGAUGAGUUCAAGAAGUAUGGUGGAAAAGUGAAAGGCUUGAUCGUUGAUGAAAAUGGAACAGAUGUUCUUUGUAUGACAAAACUUGAUCGAAAACUUAAGAGCAACUUUCCAAAGGUCAUGUUUAAUCCUAGCUAUGAAGAAGAUGAAGAAGAAAAGAGGAUAGUUACUACACCAGAGAGAUCAAAUAAAUCAAAACCUCAAGAGGAUUUUCUGUUCCUCGGUGUGCCAUCUGAUGUGAUUAAUGAUCCAAAUGAAGAAAAGCCUAUUCUCCAGACUCCAACUCUGCUGCCUCCAGUUUCAACAACACUACCACCUACACGUGAUUUACAUCCAGCUCCUCCUGCUGCGAUGAUUUCAACGAAGCAAACAACAGCCCCUCCUCCUCCACCACCUUCCAUAAAGAAAGCUCCUCCUCCUCCACCACCAACUCCCCCUCAUCCUUUGCUAACGCCACCAGCACCACAAAAACUGGCCAAAAAAAAUCCUGCGGCGCCACCUCCACCACCGAAAGCAGGGGUUUCAGCUUCAAUACUAAAACCCCCAACAGCGCCAAGAGGCACAGCAAGCAACGGGAAUGGAGCAAGUACAUCGCCAGAGAACUGGAAAGGGGCUGGCUUUGGCCAGCUGAAGCUGAGGCCUCUGCACUGGGAUAAGGUUAUAGCUAAUUCUGAUCAUUCCAUGGUUUGGGAUCAGAUCAAAGAUGGAUCUCUGAGAUUUGACGAUGAGCUAAUCGAAACUCUAUUCGGAUACACUACCUCCAACCGGAAAUCACCAGACAAUAAUAACAUAUCAUCUAAUACUUCAGGUAGUUCCAGCAACACCCCUGCAGCUCAGGUUUUCAUCCUUGAGCCCCGGAAGUCACAGAACACUGCAAUAGUGUUAAAAUCUCUUGCGAUAUCUCGGAAGGAAGUUAUUGAUGCCCUUCGCGAAGGCCAGGGACUCAGCUCUGAGACCCUCGAGAAACUAACCAAGAUUGCUCCAACCCGAGAAGAAGAAGCUAAAAUCCUUCAAUUCAAUGGCAACCUUAUGAGACUUGCAGAUGCUGAAUCGUUCCUUUAUCAUGUCCUGAAAGCUGUUCCUUCAGCAUUUAUACGUAUCAAUGCAAUGCUUUUUAGAUCAAAUUAUGAUUCAGAAAUUCUGAACCUCAAGGAAUACCUGCAAACACUCGAGUUGGCGUGCAAGGAGCUAAGACGCCGAGGACUACUCUUAAAACUCCUGGAGGCUAUCCUGAAGGCCGGUAACAGGAUGAACGCUGGAACUGUGAGAGGCAAUGCACUAGGUUUCAACCUUAGUGCUCUUCAAAAACUUUCAGAUGUUAAAAGCACUGAUGGAAAGACAACUCUUCUUCACUUUGUUGUGGAACAAGUUGCUCGGUCAGAGGGUAGAAGACAUGUGAUCAACAGGAACCACAGCCUUGGAAGAUCCAAUAGUCAGAGAAACAAUGGCGAUGUAGAUCCAGAUAACCUGAUGCCAGAAGAGAAAGAUAGAGAAUAUAUGAUGCUAGGUUUACCCGCAUUAGGAGCCUUAGGUUCUGAAUUCUCCCAUGUAAAGACAGCAGCUACCAUAGAAUACGAAAGUUUCAUCAAUAUAUGCUCAAACCUGACAGGCCGUGUUGCAGAAAGUAGGCAACUCGUAGCAUGCUGUAGUAACAAAGAGCAAACUGGUUUUGUAAUGGAAAUGAAAGGGUUCUUAGAGGAUUGUGAGGAGGAGCUGGAGGUAGUGAGAGAGGAGCAAAUAAGGGUUAUGGAACUCGUGAAGAGGACAACAGAAUAUUACCAGGCAGGAGCAUCCAAAGAGAGAGGAGCAAAUCCACUUCAACUCUUUGUUAUUGUUAAAGAUUUUCUUGAUAUGGUUGAUGGAGUUCGUGCAGACAUUACAAGAAAGCUGCAGCGUACGAAUGUGAUACACAGCGCAGGAUCAUCACCACCACCAUCACCACCUAGGAGAACUCCCCUUAAAUUAAUAAAUUUCCGUUCACAAUUCAUGUCAGACAUGUCUAGGACCUCUUCUUCCAGUGAAUCAGAAGAUGAUUUCUAAAAAGAGUUUGCUACAGCUCUCUGAAUUUUAUUAAUGAAGAAAUGAAUUGGAGGGUUGGUUCUCAUGGAAGAAAAGGAAUCUAUGAAAUUUAACAGAUUCCUAAAUUUAGUUUCAGAAGUUGAUUUGUGUAACGUUGUAAGAUAAUCUUUUGUCAUGAGCAAAGUAGACUUGGAAGUUUAUCAA